AUGCCUAGACCAAGAGAUGUAGACCUCUUCCUAUCCUCCUACGCAGGUCAAAGUUCAAGCUCCCUAGGAGAUAAGAACUACCAAUUCUACUCGAAUCAGAUACCCUGUCAACCAGAUGGAUUAAAAUAUGAAGAAUGGAUGAAACGCUACGAAAAUGACAUGGUAGAGCUGGAGAUGAAUCAUGGUUAUGUACAGUGGUUCUUCCCUAUAAGAGAAAGAGGGGUGAAUCCCCUGGCUCAGCCUUUGACUCCAGAUGAAAUCGAUAAAAUGAAAGUGGAUGAAACGAUUCAAGAUAGAUUAUUGAGAUCGUAUAAGAUGAUGUUAUCGUUCUAUGGAAUCGACUUUAACAAUGGUAAACUCAAACUCUCCCAGGACCACAAACAGAGAUUUCGUAAUCUCCGCGACCACUCGCAUAACCUCCUUCGUCUUACCCGAAUCCUCAAACACCUCUCUGAAUUCCCCCUACUACAACCCCACGCGGCCAGCCUCGUUUUGUUCUUCGCUGCCGUCCAUUCGGAGGGACUACUGAAUUUCGAGGAAGGUUCAAUGAGGGGUAAUUCGCUCGAUCAAUGGUGGUCCAACUGUUUUAGGGAUGAGGUCGAACGUAAGGCCGUAAGGAGUAUUGUAAGGAAUAGAGGUGGGUUCGGGGAGAAGGAUUGGGGCUGGAAGGAGUUUGAGAAGUGGUAUGAUUCGAGGGAAACAAAUGGGGAAUGA